AUCUCUAGUCUGAUGGAUGAGACGGAUGAGGAAGAGGAGGGCGACCAGUGUCGUAUAUGCCAGUCUGGCGCGGGCACCCCCACCAACCCACUGCUCUCGCCGUGCCAGUGCUCUGGCAGUCUGCACUACAUCCACCACGACUGCCUCAAGAAGUGGAUCCAGACCAAGAUCGAGUCAGGUGCCGGGAGGAGUUCGGUGACUACCUGUGAGCUGUGUAAAGGGACUCUGACUCUGGACCUGGACGGCUUUGAUCUGGAGGAGAGCCUUCAACGGCAAGCUGAAGCACAGGCGUCCGCUGGUCCUGAUCUGCAUCUGAUGAUGCUGCUGCAGAGUCGCUUCACAGGACUCAUGGCCGCCAUACAGAACCACAACGCAGUGGUCUCACAGGAGCGAUUCUCAGGCCUCAUGGCAACUAUCCAGAGUCAUGCUGCUUACCUCUCACAGAACCUGAGAGAGAGGAUGGAAACAGGAAGUGAUGGAGCUGGGGGGCGGACCUAUGAAAUGACCACACCCCUAAGAGGAGGGGCAUCAGACUCGGACUCUCAGUAGUCUCCCCUCUGAGGUCUUCAAAAUCAAUUUAUUAAAAUGAAUUUGAUAUGUUU